AGCUGACUCAAGCUCCUGAAAUAAGAAUAUUUCCUUCUUGCACCAUAAAUACCUUCCGUCCCACCAAACGGGCCCUAAUUUUAGACUGUGCCUGAAGCACAAACAAGCUGGUAGUCCCACCGAAGCCGAUUUAUCAAACUCCGCAAGGCCUGUUGGGCAGCAGGACUGUGUCCACCGCGUUCCAAAAUCUCCGGAUCCCCAGCCGUGCGGUCAGCGAAGCUUUCCUCCUUCACCCUACGCUGAGAAACCCCGGUUGGAGAAAGGCUAGAGGGAAGGUGUCGGCGGCGGACAUGUCGGAUCACAGCGAGCGGGACUGCGGCCUGGAGGACAUCGACGAGGAUGAGCUCCUGGCGAACCUCUCUCCGGAGGAGCUCAGGGAGCUCCAGAGGGAGAUGGAGGUGCUGGCCCCGGACGAGGAGGUGCCCGUUGGAAUGAGGCAGAAGGACCAGACGGAGAAACCGCCCUCCGGCUCCUUCGACCACAGGUCCCUGGUGGAUUACCUGUACUGGGAGAGAGAGUCCAAGCGCAUGCUAGAGGAGGAGAGAGUGCCCACUACUCUGCUACCCAGUCAGAAAAAAAUAGAAGAGGAACUUGAGUAUGAUGGAAGAAAGAAGGAAGAGGAGCUGCUGUAUGACGAGAUGGAAGAAGUUGCGGAAGAGGAAGUAAAAGAGGUGGAGGUAGAAAAAAAGGUGGAAGAAGAACCUAUCAAGAUGGAUCAGGAAUGUGCCCCGGAAUGUCCACCAACAUCUUCAGAGCAGACUGUUCCAGCCACUGUUCCUGCCCAGGAAGCUUUGCCUCCCCCGCCAGAAUUUGCGGAUAUUCCAGAGGAACGAGAGGAGAAGUGUCUGGAACAAAAUGGCACCGGACCAGAAGAAAAUGGUGAUGUACAAACAAGCGUUGCUCAAUCCGAUAUGGCAGCUGGACACCCUGAAUUAGCAUCCGAGGACCUGAAAAAAGAGGAAGUCCAAAAACAAGACACAGAGAAAGAGGGGACUAAAAUAUCCCGGUUAAAAAUUCCAAAAAAGUUGGCACUUGGCAACAACUUCAUCAAGCUGACAGCGAGGCCGUCUGGCAACGAGACGAACUUGGAGAGCACCUUGGACAAGAUCCGCAACAACAACCCCGCCAUCAAAGAUGUCAACCUCAACAACAUAGAGAAUAUUCCCAAGGAAAUGCUGGUUGACUACGUCAACGCCCUGAAGAAGAACAAGCACGUAACGACCUUCAGCAUUGCCAACACCGGUGCCGAUGAGAACAUCGCUUACACGCUCGCCAACAUGCUCAGGGAGAAUCGAAGUAUUACCACCCUCAACAUCGAGUCAAACUUCAUCACGGGGAAGGGCAUCAUUGCCAUCAUGCGCUGCCUGCAGUUCAACGAGACGCUAACCGAGCUGCGCUUCCACAACCAGCGACACAUGCUGGGGCACCAGGCCGAGAUGGAGGUGGCCCGCCUGCUCAAGGCCAACAGCACGCUGCUGAAGAUAGGCUUCCAUUUUGAGCAGCCGGGCCCCAGGAUGGUGGUGACCAACCUGCUGACCAGGAACCUGGACCGGCAGCGGCAGCAGCGGCAGGAGGAGCAGAAGCAGCACCAGCUGAAGGAGCAGAGGGAGCUGCUGGAGAUGUACGAGAGCUCGCUCAACCUUCCGAGGGGGCUGCUGGAGAUGCUGGGGGGGUACCUGCCCCCCAUGGCGUUCGCCCCCCAGGACUCCGGGGAGCCUCCUGAGCAGAGCGCUCCAUCCGCGGACCGCCAGCAGCGCCACGCGCCGCCGAAGGCUCCCGAACAAGAACCUUCGAACGCCUUCAAGGGCGUCCAGCUGAAGAAGACCCCCAGGCGCAAAGACCCCCUGCUGGAGCUGAACCCCAGGGCGGAGAGGAGAGAGGAGAGCGUCCAGCUGAGGAGGACCGCGAGGCAAAAAGCAGCGGCGGACGGAGGCCCGCUGGACGAGAGAGCCGCCCUGAAGGACGUGAUCAAGACUCUGAAGCCGGUCCCCCGCAGACGACAGCCGCCCAAGGUCGACCUCACGCCACGAGACCAGCUCCUCAGCGAGAUCCGGCACAGCAACAUCGCCUACCUGAAAGCGGUACCACUGCCUAAAGAACUGGAAUCCAGCGAGACAGAUCUGUUCUGAAGGAUCGCCAUCAAACAUGUGAACUCACUCAGACUGAUUAAUGCCAAGGCAUGAAGUCACCCAGCACCUGCAGUAGUUGAAGAAUGAGUUAAUCCCCUGUGACCCAGCACCUGCAGUAGUUGAAGAAUUAGUAAAUCCCCUGUGACCCAGCAGCUGCAGUAGAUGAAGAAUUAGUCAACCCCCUGUGACCCAGCACCUGCAGUAGAUGAAGAAUGAGUAAAUCCCCUGUAACCCAGCACCUGAACUAGUUGAAGAAUGAGUGAAUCCCCUGUGACCCAGCACCGGCAGUAGAUGAAGAAUUAGUAAAUCCCCUGUGACCCAGCACCUGCAGUAAACGAAGAAUGAGUAAAUCCCCUGUAACCCAGCACCUGCAGUAGAUGAAGAAUGAGUGAAUCCCCUGUGACCCAGCACUAAUCCCCUGUGCUUUGCAAGAGACUUGAAGGAGUUCACUGGCAAACUCCCGACACCGUGCAAAUAUCAGCAAGGCCAUCAGUCACUCCCCUGUCCUGGAGGGGAGAACAGCUGUUUAAAAUGAAUCUUUAGUGCAGCACCUGUUUUCUCAAUCUCUGUCUGUUAUUUCACGCCUGCCACUUAUUUUUUGUAACUUGUUUAAUGAGUAAAAUUAUGUUUUAAAACA